AUGCAAAGAGAACUGCGGGGGAGGGAAGAAUUAACGGUUGGACAAAUUCCGGAUACCGCUGCUAUGGCCGAGUCUCAGCUUCUGUGCAUGGACGAAGAUCAUGUCAACGAAAAGAUACCCGAAUCCAAAGCAGAGUUCUACUACUGCGAGGAGCAGCGAGCCGCGCUCGAGCAACUAUUGAAGAACGGUGAUGGCGCGUUCAAGAUGCGAUUGAAAGAGGACAACGUCAGAGACUUUCUAUCCGCCCGCGAGAUUAAAUGGAUUCGAAAAACUUUUGAUGAAUAUGAUUCAGAUAGUGAGUCCGAGAAGGGCGAAUACGAAAAGGCUCAGGAGUCCAAUGCAGACUCGGGGGUCCACUCCACAUACUGGCCUCAGAUGUCGGACACGGAUGUCCCGCCGCUUGACAUCGGCUGGCCAGGCAGCACUAGUUUCUAUAAAGGUGUCACUCGAGUAUCCGUUCACACGCACCCACCCAAAAACAAGGGGCCCCAUAUAAAAGAGGUUGUCAGGAGACUCAUUCAAGGAUCUAACAAGGUAGUAGCCGUGGUCAUGGACCACCUUACUGACCUGCAGAUCCUUCAGGACCUAUUGGACGCAGCACAGAGGCGAGGGGUGGCUGUGUACAUCAUACUGGAGGCUCGUGGUAUGCCCCACUUCCUGGAUAUGUGCACUCGUUUACAGAUCACUGCUCUGCAUCUACGGAACCUGCGUGUGCGAACGGUGAAAGGUUCUGGGCUGGCCCUGUCAUUUGGCAGGCUGCCCGGCUCUCUGUGCUCCAAAUACAUGCUGGUGGACGGAGAAAAGGUUAUGUUUGGCUCUUACAGCUUCACAUGGAGCUCCUCUAGGAUGGACAGGAACACCAUCACAGUAAUGUCUGGGCAGGUGGUGGACUUCUUCGACAAUGACUUCAGGGAAAUGUAUGCUGUAUCUGAGAAUGUGGACCUUUACAAGGAGUUCCACAUAACCAAGCCUCCCAUGCCUGCGCCGGUACGGAAGGUGGUGGUCCCCAAGCCCCUGUUGAUGUCCACCUCCCGUUUCCAGGUGUCUCUAGGGGACUCUCGUGGGCAGGCUGACCAGAGGGUGCCUGCACAUAAAUACCACAACCCUAAGUAUUCUCUGGUGGUGGGGAACAGUCUUGGGCUCACUGGGUCCUUACAGGACCUCUCCACACUCAGAGACUCACUGGGCAGUGGACUCGGACGGAACGGACUGUCGACGCUACUCCAUGCCAAAGGGGGCAGUAGUGUGGAACUGGACAUGGUCACUGUGAAGUCCCCCAGUUCUCCUGUGGAGGAUGAGGAGGAUGGGAAGGGAGGUUCGCUGAUGCGCCAGGUCUUAGGUGGAAAGAAACAACGCAGUUCAUUCAGGCUCUUCCUGAAAGGCAGAGGAUCCAAUCUCAACAGUGAGACUAUAGAGGAGGAUGGGGUCACUCCUUCAAACCCCUCUUCCACCCGCCCAAACCCCUCCCCUAGCCGCCCAACCCCCACCCCUAGCCACCCAACUCCCUCCCCUAGCUGCCCAACCCCCUCCCUUGCCCAUCGAACCCCCUCCCCUACCCACCCAACACUCUCCCCUACCCACCCAAACCCCUCCCCUACCCACUUAACACCCUCCCCUACCCGCUCAAACCCCUCCGCGACCCACCAAAACCCCUCCUCUACCCACUCAACACCCUCCCCUACCCACCCAACCCUCUCCCCUACCCGCCCAAACCCCUCCCCUACCCACUCAACACCUUCCCCCACCCGCCCAAACCCGUCCUCUACCCGCAAAGUAUCAGAGACAAAUAGCAUUGCCACUGUGCACUCAUUUGAGAUUGUAGAGAAACCGUCCCUGUUGAAAUUUAAGAACAAAAAGCCUUCUAAAUUGCCUCAAAGAAGUAUGUCUCUAAUGACCCUCAACAAAGGAGAGGAUGAUGGAAAGGGACACAAGAAGCCUUCCAAGAGGAACUGCAUUCAGUCCUGAGAUGAAGAGAGGGAGGACAGGAUCAGCUGGGAGAGACAGAGCCAGAGGACAUUUUGAAGAGUGAUCUGAUGCCACAUACCAGUGAGUGUCUCCUGAGUCCUGCCCGUCUCAGAUGGCAUUCACCACCUGUGUCAGGGAAAUGCCAAUACAGACUUGAUCGGUCAGUCAUUCGAUGCUUGAAAACUGAUCUUAUGUUACUGCUCACAUGUCAUAAGAAAUCAACAUGUUGUAUUGCUCUUCCCUGUAUCACUGUCAUUGAAACGGCUGCUUUUAAACCUAAAUAAAUGGAUGGCGUUAAAAACACAGGUAUAUAUCUAUUCUGAAUGUGUCUAUCCUUCAGGUUACUAUGGAGAAGGAAAAGUGAUCAGCUCUCUUCUCUCACACAAGGUAUCACCUUACCAAGGGCACUUUGUUAAAUUGUUAGUGGACUGGCCCUUAUCUCCACUGGAGUGUGUCGUGUCUGAAUAAUGGAUGUUGUUUUAAUAGAUCAGACACCAAUCACACACAUCUGCUGUUAACAUGCAACAAUGCAUUGUCUCUAAACCUAUGUGACAUUAUAAACAUGUCACUGGUCCAUGGCUAUAUCUGUCAUCUUAAUAAAAAAUAAUCAAUAGGGACUAAGACAUAUUUUGCUUAUUUUUUAUGCAUAGCAAUUACAAAGAGCAAAGGACAUUUUCUCAUUGAAAUUAUAGUGUGAAGUCUUGUAUAUAAAAAUGCCAAAGAUGUAUGAGACCACACAUACUUCAUGUAAUUGACUGACUUCCUAUCUCUGAGGUGUGACUGUUGUUUUAUAUGAAAUCAUAAUAUUAAAAAUAACUUUUGUA